AUGGGCGUGAGCGAUGUGCGGUUGCAGUGGCUGCGAGACCGAGCGCUCGCCGUCUUGGGGCUGACCGAUCCGGCUCCUUUCGAGGAGCUGCUGAGCCGCGGUGACGGCGCGGAGGCACGGGCAGCGCUGGGGUUUUUCGACCGCGGCAGCGAGGACGGAGAUGAUGACCGCGAGGCAGGCACGGCGCUGCUGCUGCUGCUGCGGGCCGAGCGGCGCAGCGCGGACGGUGAGGAGGCAGCGGGGAUGACUCAUAAAAGUAAGACAUCCCCUCUGCAAUCUACAGACAGUGAAAGUGUGUCAGGUCAUACACCAGCUCUCUCUAGUGGGUCUGAACGGAACACACUGCUACAAGAAUGGAAAGUUGACAAAGUGUGUUUCUAUGUGGCUCUCGAUGAAAUCCCUGAAGAAUUUGUGUCAGGUUUUACUGUCUAUUUCCUGAGAGACACCAAAGAAAGAAUUACUGAACCUAGUGACCUGACUGAAGCUAAUGAGGUUCUUCCUAAAGUGAUUAAGUUUGGUGUAUUGACUGAUGAUACUCUUCUGAUGUUAAAGAAUGCCAUCUCCCAGGUGUUUUCACCAGCUCUCUCCUAUAGUCAGCAGCAGACUGAAGGAUCUUCCUUUUGUCUAUGUAGUGAAAACACAGAUUCUGAGGAAAGGAAUUUACCAGCAGCUGAGCUUGCAGAAAGGAAAGAGCAGCCCGUGGGAUACGGAGAUGCUAAACUGGAGAUGCCAAGUAUAGAUCUAGAUGGAGAAGUGACUGUUCUGGCCACAGUUCCAGAAGUAGUUGAUGCUCUGGAAAGUUGUGCAAUGACCUGGCAGAAAUUAAUAUCCACAGCUGUAGAGGAACAACUGAAGAACGUUCCACAGGGUAAUGGUCCACUUGCAGAAAUUGACUUCUGGAGGGAAAGAGACAAUACUUUAAGUGCUCUUACAGAACAGAUAAAGCUUCCAGAAGUGCAAAAAGCCAUUGAAAUAUUACAGGAAGCUCAAUCCAAACAUAUUGGAGAUUUACAGAUGGUCUUGAGUGACCUCAGAAAACAUCAUGUGGAAGCUCUAGAUAAUGUGAAGUUCCUUUCUGUUCUUGAACGCCCUUUGAAGAAUUUAACAUAUGGCACUGGGUUUAAUGCUGUCUUGGAUACAAUUCCUCAACUGAUGGAUGCCCUGAGACUCGUGUGGAUAAUGUCCCGACAUUACAACAAGGACGAACGGAUGGUCCCCCUCAUGGAACGAAUUGCCUGGGAGAUUUCAGCAAGAGUGCACAAAGCUGUGGAUUUACAUGUGCUGUUUAAACAAGAUAGAGCUGCUGCAAAAAAGAAAAUAGCAGAAGCCAAAAGCACUCUUGACCAAUGGAAGAAAUGUUAUUUUGAUGUCCGUGCCCAAAUCAAAGAAUCAGGAAGAAAGCAGCACUGGGAGUUUGACCGAAAACGUUUAUUUGAGAAAACAGAUUAUAUGUCUUCAGUCUGUCAAGAUCUGUAUGAUAUUUUACAGGUCACUGAAGAGUUUUGCAAUAUAUUUUGUCCUGAACUGAAAGCUGUCACAAGGAAUCCAAAGCGUGUUAAUAACCUGUUGAGACGAGUACAGGGACUAACUAGUCCUAUGGAAGAACUGACUUUUGACCCUUUUAGCAUGAAAAAUGAACAUGACUGGAAAUCAAUUAUGGAAGAAUUUAGAGAAGAAGUUUCGAUUAUUGAAAAAGAGACCAAAAAUUUUAUUGAUGAAUCUUUUAAGACCCUUCAAUCAGCAGAAGCUGCAUUUGACCUGCUAUUAAAGUUCAAACACAUCCACUGUUGUGAAACUGUUCAUAAGCACAUGAUGAUGAAGUUCAGUGAUAUUUUGGACCAAUACUGUCAAGAGGUUGAAAAUAUUAAGCAGAUCUUUGUUCAGAACCUCGAGGAUCCACCUUUGUGCAAGGAUCAUCCUCCAGUGGCUGGAGCAAUAUAUUGGGCACGACUUCUUUUCGAUCGGAUCAAACACCCUAUUAUUCGAUUUCAAGAAGUAGAGGAGUUGCUUGCUGGUGAACGGGGAAAGGAAAUAAAACAAAUGUAUCUUCAAGUGGCCAAGAGGUUGAAAGAGUAUGAAGACCAAAAAUACAAGCAGUGGAGAGGUGAGACAGAACAGAAUCUCCUGCCCUUACUGGAAAAUACUCUGCUGACUAGCUCUGUAACAGAGGAGUCUGUCAUCACAGAGAAAAGUGUCCACUUCAUGGUAAACUUUCCUCCCUCACUUCAUGAGGUUAUCCUUGAAACAAAGCACAUGGACCAGCUAGGAUUUCAAGUCCCAGACAUGGCGAGAUAUGUGGCAUUACAGGAAGGCAAAUAUCUUGGGUAUAUAGAUAGAUUGAAAAGGAUAUUGGAUCUCUAUCACAAGUUAAUGGGAACACUGAAUGAAGCAGAAACCAAACUCCUUGAUGACCAUAUUCAAAAUCUCUGGUCUCUAUUCAAAUGGGGGCACAGAAGGCUCAACUGGAUGUCCUUAGGUGUUGGUGACUUCAUUGUCCACUGUACAGAAACUGUGGAGAAUUUUGAAUUACUUAUCCGUCGGAUUCACAAUAAUUCUGAAGACAUAAACAACAAACUUUUGUUCAUAGAAUCAACAAAUCUCUUUAAGUUUCCACCUUCAAAAACUGGUGAUGAGCUUCCUGGAGCAGAAGAAUUUUUUGAAUAUGUUAAGUGUGAAAGAGCAAAAGAUGUGGCACAUAUGGUUAGAAAGUAUUCUGCAAUUCCACGAUUCCUAAUGAAAGUGGAAAGAUCUGUUGCCAAGACAAACAGUGGCAAAUCUCCCAAAUUGGCUUCCUAUUAUGCAUACUGGGAAAACAGGGUUUAUCAGGUGUUGACACAGUUGAUUGUGAAGAAUUUGCAGGCUUUUAAUGCAGCUGUUCUUGCAAAUGUGCCAGUGUUCCAAACAGAAGCUAUUUUAUCUGUUCCUGAGAUAAUCUUGCAAACUAAUGCCAGUGAGAUUGAGAAAAUGACUGCACAAUGUGUCCAAGACUGUGUUGAGGUCACAAAGCACUUUGUACGAUGGAUGCAUGGUACCUGUAUUGAAUGCCCUCCUCAGAAUAUUAAGGAAGAAGAAGCUUUCACUUUCAGCUUUUACAGCGACAUCUGCCACAACCCUCUGGUAAAACACCAGGCUGUUCUCAUAUCUCAGAAUGUCCAUAAACUCCUGGCUUCUCUCAGCAUGUAUUUGAACCAAUGGAAGAGGUACCACUUGCUGUGGAAAUUAGACAAAGAUGUAGCCAUGGAGAAGUUAGCUGCAGAAAAGCCUACUUGUGUAACCUUUGAUGAGGAGUUGCAGUUUUAUAUGAAGGUAGCUCAAGAAGUGACUCAACAGCCCUUGAUUAAAGAUGAGCAAUUUGUCAGGCUUCAACUGACUCCUUUAGCCCACACAGUGCAGGACUAUGCUAGAGGCUGGAUGAUUUCACUUGGGAAGUUGCUUAAUGAGUCUGCAAGAGAGGAACUCUUCAGUCUUCAGGAAGAGAUUCAGAGAUUAUCACAGAGUCUGAAGAGAUCUCCUGAUUCCUUGGAGGAUCUCAAACUACUCCUUGGCACAAUUGCAGAGAUCAGAGGCAUGUCCUUCGAGGUAGAACUGAAAUAUUUGGACAUCUGGGAGAGAUAUCGAACUCUUGCAAUGUACAACAUUCCUGUAGCUAAAGAAGAACAGGAGGUGUCUGAUAAGAUUAAGGAAAAGUGGGAAACUCUCUUCUUUGAAGCAUCAGAAGUUGAUCACAACCUUGGAGGCAUAAAAAGAAAAUACACCAAGAUUAUACAGCAAUGGAUUGAGGACUACAGCAAAGAGGUAGAAGAUUUCUUCCAUAAAUUCAUGACUGAGGGGCCUGGUGCUGCUGGGGAGAAUCUUGACAAAGGACUGGAACUCAUGGCCAUUUCUGAAAAAGAGUUGGAAAAACUGGAAGAAAGCCACCAGGAACUGCGCAGUCUUGAGAAAAUUUUUGACUUGCCAGUGACAGUGUACCCCAACUUAAUGAAAGCACAGAAUGAUAUGAAAGGUCUAAAGCAGAUCUAUGAAAUUUAUGAAUUACAGAGAGCAGCUAAAAAGGAGUGGUCUCAGACACUCUGGAUAAACCUCGAUGUUCAGUUUCUUCAGGAAGGAAUUGAAGGAUUUCUUAAAGCCCUUUGGAAUCUGCCUGAACAAGUACACAGUAUGCCAAUAGCCUCUCACUUGGAAACAAAAAUGAAGGCGUUUCGAGACUCCAUUCCUUUGUUGCUUGAUUUGAAAACUGAAGCUUUAAGAGAAAGGCAUUGGCGAGACCUCAUGGAGAGAACAGAGACGAGUUUUGAAAUGACAACAGAAGCAUUCACUUUGGAGAACUUGUUUGCUAUGGAACUUCACAGACACUCAGAUGUUAUCAGUGAAAUAAUUGGAGUUGCUGUUAAGGAACUUAGACUUGAGAAGGAUGUGAAGGAAAUAGCAGAAAGAUGGGAACACCUGAAGUUCACUGUACAGAUGUACUUGAAAGACACUGAGAAGCGAGGCUUUAUUCUGGUAUCUGUGGGUAAAAUUUUAGACAUUCUUGAUGACAACAGUGUCAAUCUUCAGCGUGUUCUGAGCAGUCGAUUCGUGGCUCCUUUCCUUUCAACUGUUCACCUCUGGGAAAAAACUCUGUCAUUGAUUGGUGAAGUAAUUGAGAUCUGGAUGGUGGUUCAGAGAAAAUGGAUGUACCUGGAGAGCAUCUAUAUCGGUGGAGAUAUCAGAUCACAGCUUCCAGAGGAAGCCAAAAUGUUUGACAGGGUAGACGGGAUGUUUAAAAAGAUGAUGGAAGAAACCAACAAAGAACCAACCAUUAAAAAUUGCUGUGAAGCCCCAAAUCGCCUAUCAGACCUCCAUCAAAUGAAUGAUAUACUGGAGAAAUGUCAGAAGAGCUUGAAUGAUUACUUGGAUUCCAAGAGAAAUGCUUUCCCACGGUUUUUCUUUAUAUCUGAUGAGGAGUUGCUUAGUGUCCUUGGCAGCAGUAACCCACUUUGUGUCCAGGAACUCAUGAUAAAGAUGUUUGAUAACAUAGCCUCCCUGAGGUUUCAGGAUGGUGAUAGUGGUGAGAAAAUGGCCACAGCCAUGAUUUCAGCUGAGGGGGAGGUGAUGGAGUUCCGGCAGGCUGUGGCUGCAGGAGGCAGAGUGGAGAAGUGGAUGGCAGCGGUGGUGGCAGAAAUGAGACGAACCAACAAACGCCUUACUAAGGAAGCUAUUUUCCGAUAUUGUGAAGACAGAAGCAGGGCUGAUUGGAUGUUACUCUUCCAAGGCAUGAUGGUGCUGGCUGCUAAUCAGGUCUGGUGGACUUGGGAGGUAGAGGAUGUCUUUCGGAAAGUGAAGGCGGGACAAAAAGAGGCAAUGAAGCUUUAUGCUCAAAAAGUGCACAAGCAAAUUGAUGACGUGGUUACCCGCAUUGCAACGCCUUUGAGCCAAAAUGACAGGAAGAAGUACAACACUGUUCUCAUUAUUGAUGUUCACGCCAGAGACGUCGUUGAUAGAUUCGUAAAAUACAGCAUUCUGCAGGCUGAGGGCUUUGAAUGGGAAAGCCAACUGCGUUUCUACUGGGAGCGAGAGCCAGAUGAGCUGAGCGUGCGGCAGUGCACCAGCACGUUCCCCUAUGGCUAUGAGUAUAUGGGUUUGAAUGGACGUCUGGUCAUCACCCCACUGACAGAUCAUAUUUACCUUACACUCACACAGGCUUUGUCCAUGUUUUUGGGAGGAGCACUGGCAGGGCCAACAGGUACAGGGAAAACAGAGACAACCAAGGAUCUGGCCAAAGCUCUGGGCUUGCUCUGUGUGGUGACAAACUGUGGAGAAGGCAUGGAUUUCAAAGCAGUUGGUAAAACUCUUUCUGGUCUUGCCCAGUGUGGAGCAUGGGGAUGCUUUGAUCAAUUCAACCGUAUCGAUGCUUCAGUGCUUUCAGUCAUUUCUUCUCAGAUAAAGACCAUUCAAAAUGCUUUAAUGAAUCAGUUGAAAACGUUUCAGUUUGAAGGACAGGAGAUUACCCUUGACAGCCGAGUGGGUAUUUUUAUGACCAUGGAUCCUGGCAAUGCUGGCCAGACUGAACUCCCUGAGUCUGUAAAAGCUUUGUUCAGACCUGUUGUUGCUGUUGUACCAGAUCUUCAGCAAAUCUGUGAAAUCAUGCUCUUUUCUGAAGGGUUCCAUACGGCAAAGAUCCUUGCCAAAAAGAUGACAGUGCUAUACCAACUGGCAAAGGAACAACUUUCUAAACAGCAUCAUUAUGAUUUUGGACUGCGAGCCCUUAAGUCGGUGUUGGUGAUGGCUGGGAAGCUGAAGAGAGAAUCAGCAGACCUCAGUGAGGAAGUUGUACUGAUGAGAGCUCUACGAGAUACGAAUCUUCCUAAAUUUGUGUUUGAAGAUGUACCUCUCUUCCUUGGCUUAAUCUCUGAUCUAUUUCCUGGCCUGGAUUGCCCUCAAGUCCACUAUCCUGACUUUAAUGAUGCUGUAGAACAAGUGCUGGAAGAAGGAGGUUAUGUUGUUUUACCAGUCCAGGUGGAUAAAAUAGUUCAGAUGUAUGAGACCAUGUUAACUCAUCACACUGCAAUGGUAGUUGGACCUACUGGAGGUGGCAAGUCAGUUGUCAUUAAUGCUUUGUGCCAGGCCCAAAACAAGCUAGGGUUAUUGACAAAGCUUUACACACUGAACCCUAAAGCUAUGAGUGUGAAUGAACUGUAUGGGAUCCUUGACCCUACCACACGAGACUGGACAGAUGGAGUCCUGUCAAGCAUUUUUCGGUGUAUCAACAGGCCAACUGACAGGAGCGAGCGAAGGUACAUUCUGUUUGAUGGAGAUGUGGAUGCUGUCUGGGUUGAAAACAUGAAUUCUGUCAUGGAUGACAACAAGUUAUUGACCUUGGCAAAUGGGGAGCGGAUUAAACUCCAGCCACAUUGUGCUUUGUUGUUUGAGGUUGGUGAUUUACAGUAUGCAUCUCCUGCCACAGUAUCCCGUUGUGCAAUGGUCUUUGUAGAUCCUAAGAAUCUGCAAUAUGAGCCGUGCUGGCAGAAGUGGAUCCAAGAAAGGGGAAAUGAGAAAGAGAGAACUGAAUUGAAUCGGCUCUUUCAAAAAUAUGUGCCCUACCUCAUUGGUCUGAUUGUAGAGGGAAUCGUGGAUGGCACACGUGGAGAGAGGCUGAAGACUGUUGUUCCUCAAACAGGUGUAAAUAUGGUGGUGCAGUUGACUGUGAUGCUGGAAGCUCUCCUUGUGGUACAGCCUGAUGAUCCUGAUGUUCUGGAGUGCUUUUUCUUGGAAGCUUUGUAUUGCUCCUUGGGUGCUGCUCUUCUUGAUGCUGGGAGAAUUAAAUUUGAUGCAACAGUUAAACGCAUUUCCUCUAUGUCUACUGUUCAUGAUGACAACAUCCUGGCUAAGCCAGGGGAGCUGCCAGGUCAACUGCCAACUUUGUAUGACUUUCAUUUUGAUGGAGUUCAAAAAAAGUGGGUACCUUGGAUGAAACUUGUUCCAGAAUAUAUUCAUAAGCCUCAAGUGAAAUUUCUUGACAUUCUAGUGCCCACAGUGGAUACAACACGCACCAUGUGGUUACUAGAACAGAUGGUAACAGUGAAGCGCCCAGUUGUCCUUGUAGGUGAAUCGGGCACAUUUAAAACAGCAACUACACAAAACUUCCUAAACAAUCUGAACAAAGACCUUAAUCUGCUGCUGGUAAUUAACUUCUCUUCUCAUACAACAUCAAUGGAUAUUCAGAAAAAUCUAGAGACAAAUGUGGAGAAACGAACUAAAGACAUUUAUGGCCCUCCCAAGGGAAAACAGCUUAUUGUUUUCCUGGAUGAUAUGAAUAUGCCAAAGGUUGAUGAGCAUGGCACACAGCAACCCAUUGCCCUGUUGAAGCUACUGCUAGAGAAAGGUUUCCUGUACAACCGUGGAAAGGAGAUGAACUGUAAACUUCUUCAAGACCUGAUUUUUAUUGCUGCCAUGGGGAAAGCUGGAGGAGGUCGGAAUGAAGUUGACCCUCGAUUCAUCUCCCUCUGCAGUGUUUUUAACAUACCUUUUCCUUCUGAGCAAUCACUGUAUUUGAUCUAUAGCUCCAUCCUGAAAGGACACACCAUGAUGUUUAAUGAGUCUGUAUCAGCCAUCUCUGACAAGAUCACUGCAUGUACUUUGGAGCUUUAUAAAAUGAUUGUUUGUGACCUACCCCCUACUCCCUCCAGAUUCCAUUACAUUUUUAACCUGAGGGAUCUUUCCAGGGUCUAUCAUGGACUUACUCUUACAACUCCAGAGAGGUUUCAAACAGUGGCCCAGAUGGUGAGAGUUUGGAGAAAUGAGUGCCUCAGGGUUUUCCAUGACAGGCUGAUUAAUGAAGCAGACAAAGCAUUGGUACAAGGUCAUAUAAAACACCUGAUUGAAGAGAAUUUUGGAGAUAACUUGCAGAAAGCCAUGAGAGAUCCUGUCCUUUUUGGAGAUUUCAGAAUGGCACUGAGGGAAGGAGAACGUCGUGUUUAUGAGGAUAUUCAAGACUAUGAUGCAGCAAAAGUUCUCUUUCAGGAGAUUUUGGAGGUAUAUAAUGAAGUUAAUAGGAAAGUGAAUCUGGUUCUUUUUGAUGAUGCUUUGGAGCACUUAAUCCAUGUACAUCGCAUCAUACGGAUGGAUCGUGGGCAUGCUCUGCUCAUAGGGGCAGGAGGCUCAGGAAAGCAGUCCCUGACCAGACUGGCUGCCUAUACAGCUGGAUGUGAGGUGUUUGAGAUCAUCUUGAGUCGAGGAUAUGGAGAAAAUCAUUUCCGAGAGGAUUUGAAAAAACUGUACAACAAGCUGGGUAUUGAGAACAAGUCAAUGGUAUUCUUGUUUACAGACACCCACGUAGCAGAGGAGAGUUUCCUGGAACUCAUCAACAACAUGUUAACUUCAGGAAUGGUGCCAACUCUUUUUCCAGAUGAUAAAAAAAAUGCCAUACUAAGUCAGAUUGGAGAUGAAGCUACUGAAGCUGGUGUGAACCCAACUAAAGAGAGUGUCUGGCAAUAUUUUGUAAACAGAUGUGCAAACAACCUUCACAUUGUCCUGGGAAUGUCCCCAGUUGGGGACAGCCUGAGAAUGUGGUGCAGAAAUUUCCCAGGUCUUGUCAACAACACUGGUAUUGACUGGUUCUUGCCCUGGCCCCCCCAGGCCUUGUAUGCAGUUGCACAAUCACUGAUUGGCACUAACACACACGUCCCAUUGAAGAGCUCCAGGUCAGUGAUUGAGCACAUGGUCAUGGUGCAUGAGUCUGUAGGGGAUUUCAGCAAGAGACUUCUGCAAAAAGCAAGAUACAGAAACUAUGUCACACCAAAGAACUACCUUGAUUUUAUCCAUACUUACUCCAAACUGUUGAAUGAAAAACAUGAGUUCAUUUUAGCACAAUGUAAACGGCUGGAAAGGGGCUUAGAUAAACUGAAGGAAGCUAGUAUACAGCUGGUUGAGAUGAACAAGAAGCUUGCUGAGCAAAAGAUUGUGGUAGCAGAAAAAUCUGCUGCUUGUGAGGCUUUGUUACAAGAGAUUUCAGCAAACACAGAAGUGGCUGAGGAGAAGAAAAAACUGGCUGAAGAAAAAGCUAUGGAGCUACAGGAACAGAAUGAGGUGAUUGCUAUGGAGAAAGCAGCUGCUGAGACAGCUUUGGAUGAAGUUAUGCCUGUUUUAGAAGCAGCCAAACUGGAGCUUCAGACGCUCAAGAAGACUGAUGUCUCUGAGAUCAGAUCCUUUGCAAAACCCCCUAAGCAAGUGGAGGCUGUUUUGCAGUGUGUUCUCAUAAUGAGAGGCUACAAGGAAUUAAACUGGAAGACAGCCAGAGCAAUGAUGUCUGAGGCAAACUUCCUGCGAUCCGUGAUGGAGACAGAUUUUGAUAGAAUUACCCAGAGCCAAGUGAAAUCCAUCCGAGGUCUGUUAAAGACUCUUAAUACUACUUUCAAAGAAAUGGAACUUGUUAGCAGAGCAGGACUGGGAAUGUUAAAGUUUGUUGAAGCAGUGAUGAGCUACUGUGAUGUAGUUAAACAAGUCAAGCCCAAGAGAGAAAAGGUGGCCAUGCUGGAGAGGAACUAUUACUUAAGUAAACGGGACCUGGAAAAGAUAAAUGCAGAGCUGACUACCAUUCAGGGUGAGCUUAAAGCUUUGGGGGACAAAUACCAAGAGGCAAUAAAAGAAAAGCAACAGUUACAAGAAGAAGCAGAGAUUAUGCAGAGAAGAUUAGAUGCUGCUGACAAGCUCAUCUUUGGCUUGAGAUCUGAAAACAAGAGGUGGACAAAGGAAUUGGAGGACUAUGAAAUCCGAAAGGUGAAAUUGCUUGGAGACUGUCUACUGUGUGCUGCCUUUCUGAGCUAUGAGGGAGCAUUCAACUGGGAGUUUCGUAACGAAAUGAUCUAUCAAGUGUGGCAAACAGAUAUCCUCUCACGAGAGAUUCCUCUCAGCCAGCCAUUUCGGUUAGAAAGCCUCCUGACUACUGAGGUGGAGGUUAGCAGGUGGGUUUCCCAGGGACUGCCUCCAGAUGAGCUCUCUAUCCAGAAUGGCAUCCUGACAACCUAUGGGAGCCGCUUCCCACUCUGUAUUGACCCACAGCAACAGGCCUUGCACUGGAUUAAGAAGAAAGAAGAAAAAAAUAACCUGAGGAUGGCUUCCUUUAAUGACCCAGACUUCCUUCAACAAUUACAACUGGCCAUAAAGUAUGGAAACCCUUUCUUGUUGCAUGGAGUUGAUGAGUAUAUUGAUCCUGUGAUAGACAAUGUCUUGGAGAAGAACAUCCAAGUUGCACAGGGGCGAACUUUCGUUGUCCUGGGUGACAAAGAGGUUGACUACGACAAUAAUUUUAGGCUGUACUUGUACACCAAGUUAUCAAACCCAAAGUAUCCUCCCUCUGUGUUUGACAAAGCUAUGGUUAUCAAUUAUACAGUUACACUGAAGGGCCUGGAGGAUCAGUUGCUCAGUGUCAUUAUGGGCUUUGAAAGAAGAGAACUGGAAGAACAGAGGCAACAUCUCAUCCAAGAGACAAGUGACAACAAAAACUUGCUGAAGGAUCUGGAAGACUCUCUCCUUCGGGAGCUGACAUCUUCCACAGGGAACAUGUUGGACAACUUGGACUUGGUGCAAACCCUGGAAGAGACAAAAUCCAGGACUACUGAGGUGAUUGAAAAACUGGAUCUGGCUGAGACCACAGCGGUGGAUAUUGAUCAUCUCCGAGACGGCUACAGACCAGCUGCCAGGAGGGGGGCCAUUUUAUUCUCUGUUCUGUCGGAAAUGGCACAUGUCAACAUCAUGUACCAGUACUCACUGGUCUCCUUCUUAGAGGUUUUUAGCUUCUCCCUUCGGAAAUCCAUACCCAGCCCCAUACUUCAGAAGAGGUUAAAGAACAUCAUGAACACGCUGACUUUCAACACCUACAAAUACGUCUGCACAGGCUUGUUGGAGAAGCACAAGCUGCUGUUCUCCUUCAAUAUGACUGUCAGGAUAGAACAAGCUAAUGGCAGAGUUACUCAAGCAGAACUGGAGUUCUUUUUAAAAGGCAAUAUUUCCCUGGAGAAGAGCGCACGGAAGAAACCGUUUGCUUGGCUUCCAGAUCAAGGGUGGGAAGAUCUGAUUCACUUGUCUGAUCUGUUUCCUGAGAAAUUUCAGUCUCUUCCAGAUGAUGUGGAAAAAAAUCCAGAUGAAUGGAAAAAGUGGUAUGACACAGAGGCUCUGGAGCAGCUGCCGUUCCCCCUGCAGUACCAGAACCAUCUCAGCACCUUCCAGAAGCUGCUGCUGCUCCGCUGCUUCCGGGUGGAGCGGCUGUACCAGGCAGUAACGAACUAUGUCACCCUGACUCUGGGUCAGAAGUAUGUGCAGCCUCCUGUGAUCAGCUUUGAUGCUAUCUUUGAGCAGGGCAGUCCUCACACACCCGUUGUUUUUAUCUUAAGUCCUGGCUCUGAUCCUGUCAGUGACCUCAUGAAACUGGCAAAGAGGACGGGCUUUGGAGGGGACAGACUCCAACUCCUGGCCAUGGGACAAGGCCAAGAAAAGAUUGCUUUGCAGAUGCUGGAGAAUGCAGUGGUUUGUGGACAGUGGCUCAUUUUGCAGAACUGUCACCUGUUGGUGAGGUGGCUUAUCAAGCUGGAAAAGGCCCUGGAGGAACUGACAAAGCCUCAUGCAGACUUUCGCCUGUGGCUGACGACGGCCCCCACGGGCGGCUUCCCGGGAGGGAUGCUGCAGAAGGCCCUGAAGGUUGCAAUAGAACCACCUAAUGGUCUGAAACUCAACAUGAGAGCCACCUACUCCAGAAUUUCCCAGGAAGCCUUAGAGCAGUGCCCACAUCCUGCCUUUAAAUCCUUAGUCUACGUCUUGGCCUUUUUCCACGCCGUGGUGCAGGAGAGGAGGAAGUUUGGGAAGAUUGGCUGGAACAUACCCUAUGAUUUUAGGGAACUGGAUUUCCAGGUCUGCAUGGAAGUUCUCAACAUAUACUUGACAAAAGCUUUCCAACAAAAUGAUGAUAAAAUCCCCUGGAGGUCUCUCAAAUAUCUUAUUGGGGAGGUCAUGUACGGUGGGCAUGUGGUUGACAGCUUCGAUCGCCGCGUUCUCAGAACCUACGUGGACGAGUACUUUGGUGAUUUCAUCUUUGACACCCACCAGGAGUUUCAUUUUUAUAAAAAUGACCAAGUUGAUUAUAAUAUUCCACAAGGGACUGUAAAAGAUGACUUUAUUGAGGCAAUAGACUCUCUGCCACUUGUCAAUGGUCCAGAGGUACUUGGUCUUCAUGCAAAUGCUGCCAUUGGCUACUACACAGAAGCUGUUCAUGAUAUGUGGACUCAUCUCCUGGAGCUGCAGCCUCAGACUGGGGCAGCGGGUGCAGGCAGGAGCCGAGAUGAAUACAUUGCCAGUGUUGCUGAGGAUAUAGGAAGUGAAAUGCCUCCAGUAUUCGACCUUGAGCAGAUCAGGAAAGGCUUUGGCCCAGAACUGUCCCCCACCACUGCAGUGCUCUUGCAGGAGCUGGAACGGUUCAAUGCGCUGGUUGUUCAAAUGGCAAAGUCCCUGGCUGAACUGCAAUGUGCCUUGGCUGGGCAAGUUGGCAUGAGCAGUGAGCUGGAUGCUUUGGCUCAGGCCCUCUUCCACGGGCAGGUCCCUGCAGCCUGGCGCCGGCUGGCCCCCGACACCCGCAAAACACUUGGAGAGUGGAUCAGUUUCUUUCGAGCUCGGUACAACCAGUACAGCCAGUGGGUGGACACGGGGGAGCCGAAGGUGCUGUGGCUGCCGGGGCUGCACGUGCCCGGCGCUUACCUGACGGCGCUGCUCUGCGCCGCCUGCCGCAGAAACCAGUGGCCGCUGCAUUGCGCCACCUUCUACACCGAGGUGACCAAGUACAGGGCUGCAGAGGACAUGAAGGAGGAGGCUACUCAGGGUGGUUUUGUCUCUGGGCUGUUUCUGGAAGGUGCAGACUGGGACGUGGAGCGCGGCUGCCUCUGCUGGAGCCGGCCCGGGGCGCCGCGGGUGCAGCUGCCGGUGCUGAGGAUCAUCCCUGUGGAGCUGCACAGGCUGAGGCUGCAGAACACCCUCCGGACUCCUGUGUACACAACGUCCCAGCGCAGGGACACCAUGGGCCUCGGCCUUGUGUUUGAAGCAAACCUUUACACCAAACGGCACAUCUCCCACUGGGUCCUUCAAGGCGUUUGCCUCCUCUUGAACGCAGAGUGA